UUAAUUAUAUUUCUUCUUUCUCCACCCUUUCUCGAUCUUCUUUAAUUUAUCAACCUCUUUAGUCUCUACGCGUUCAUGUCUCUGUCUCAUAGAUUCUGAAUGAAACGCGUUCUACCCUCUCAGUUUUUUUCAUCUCUGAUCUCUUCCAACGCUUAAAUCAACAACAACCACCAAAACCUGGUCCUACACUCCGAUCCAUCAUCACUCCAAGCUUCCUUAGCUUCUCCAAAUCGUCCUUCAUGCUUGUUCAACCACCCGGUGCACGUUAGCAAAGCACGCACCAUUGCAUUACCUUCCAUACUCACUUACAUUCUUUUAUUUUUUCCAAGAAAGAAAAACACAAGUUGGAGGAAAAUAUAAAUAAUUAAAUAAAUACAAACAAGAAAAGGAAGUUAUAUAUAUAUAUAUAGAGAGAGAGAGAGAGAGGCCAACUAUAUAUUCUUCUGUUUUGGACCUUUUGCUUUGAUUUGAUACAUAUAAUGAACGGUCAUCCGAAGCACCAGCGCAGGUGGGCAUCCGACACCGUUCCCGCCAGAGCAACCGUCAGUGCAGGAACUUCGCCGGGAACAGAGUCAACCUCCGCCGGCGGAGAAGAGUUUGUGGAGGUCACUCUCGAUCUUCAAGACGAUGACACUAUCGUCCUUCGGAGCGUUGAACCAGCCACUGUCAUUAACGUUGUUGUUGACAGUGGUACCACUGGUGGCAGUGGACACGAAACUCCGGCGUCUAUUUCUAGGUCGCCGACGAUCCGGCGGACCUCGUCGAGAGGCUUGCGGCAGUUCUCGCAGGAGCUGAAGGCGGAGGCGGUUGCAAAGGCAAAGCAGUUCUCGCAUGAGCUUAAGGCAGAGCUGCGACGGUUCUCGUGGAGCCGUUCGUCUUCGUCAGCUCAAAAUGUUGGCGGAAGCAAUGCCGGCGGCGGAUUUGAGACGGCGCUGGCAGCUCGCGCUCUAAGAAAGCAGCGGGCUCAGCUAGAUCGCACUCGUUCCGGUGCUCACAAAGCACUGCGUGGUCUGCGAUUCAUCAGCAGCAAAUCAAAUAAUGGCGUUGAUGCGUGGAACGAGGUGCAGAGCAACUUCAAUAGGCUCGCCAAGGACGGUUAUCUCCAUCGCUCCGAUUUUGCUCAGUGCAUAGGAAUGAGAGAUUCCAAGGAAUUCGCUCUGGAAUUAUUUGAUGCUCUAAGCCGGAAGCGAAGGUUGACGGUUGAGAAGAUAAGCAGGGAUGAACUUUUUGAAUAUUGGACGCAAAUUACCGAUCAAAGCUUUGAUUCGCGACUACAGAUCUUCUUCGACAUGGUGGAUAAAAACGAAGAUGGAAGAAUCACCGAAAAAGAAGUAAAAGAGAUCAUCAUGUUGAGUGCUUCAGCAAAUAAGUUAUCGAGAUUAAAAGAGCAGGCUGAAGAAUAUGCCGCUCUGAUCAUGGAAGAAUUAGACCCAGAAGGACUUGGUUACAUCGAGCUAUGGCAAUUGGAGACGCUUCUUUUGCAGAAGGACACGUACCUUAACUACAGCCAAGCCCUAAGCUACACAAGCCAAGCUUUGAGCCAGAACCUUCAGGGACUAAGGGCAAGAAGUCCUAUUCGUAGGGCGAGCCGCAGGUUGGUCUACUAUUUGCAAGAGAAUUGGAGGAGACUUUGGCUCUUAACAUUGUGGGUUUGCAUAAUGAUUGGGCUGUUCACAUGGAAGUUCUUUCAGUAUAAGCAGAAAGAUGCCUUUCAAAUAAUGGGUUACUGUCUUCUAACGGCCAAAGGUGCCGCUGAGACUUUAAAGUUCAACAUGGCAAUUAUACUAUUGCCCGUAUGUAGAAAUACCAUUACUUGGCUUAGGUCUACCAAGCUGGCUUAUGCUGUACCUUUUGACGACAACAUUAACUUUCAUAAGACAAUUGCUGCGGCCAUUGUGGUUGGUGUUAUACUUCAUGCCGGGGAUCACCUUGCAUGCGAUUUUCCAAGACUUGUAAGAGCUUCUGAGGCUGAUUACGAGAAGUAUUUGAAGGGUGUAUUUGGUGAUCAUAAACCCAGUUACCUAGACAUUGUGAAAGGGAUUGAGGGUGUGACUGGAAUAUUGAUGGUGAUUUUAAUGUCAAUAGCAUUUACACUUGCAACUAAAUGGUUCAGGAGAAAUCUGAUUAAGCUGCCUAAACCAUUUAGUAGGCUUACUGGCUUUAAUGCCUUCUGGUAUUCACACCAUCUGUUUGUCAUUGUUUAUGUCCUGCUCAUCAUCCAUGGUAUAAAGCUUUACCUUGUGCACAAAUGGUACCUCAAAACGACAUGGAUGUAUCUUUCAAUUCCAGUUUUACUUUAUGCGGCAGAAAGAACAAUCAGAUUCUUCCGUUCUGGUUUCUAUACUGUCCGUCUUAUAAAGGUCGCCAUAUAUCCUGGAAAUGUUCUAACAUUGCAAAUGUCUAAGCCUCCCCAAUUCCGAUACAAGAGUGGACAAUACAUGUUUGUACAAUGUCCCGCUGUUUCUCCGUUUGAAUGGCAUCCAUUUUCUAUUACCUCAUCCCCUGGCGAUGACUACCUGAGUGUUCACAUUCGGCAAUUGGGUGAUUGGACACAGGAGCUUAAAAGGGUAUUUGCUGAAGCAUGUGAGCCCCCUGUAUCCGGAAAAAGUGGCCUUCUCAGGGCUGAUGAAACAACCAAGAAAAGUCUUCCAAAGCUAAAGAUAGAUGGACCUUAUGGUGCGCCAGCUCAAGAUUAUAGAAAAUACGAUGUUUUGUUACUUGUCGGUCUCGGAAUAGGGGCAACACCUUUCAUCAGCAUUCUGAAAGAUCUUCUAAACAACAUCAUCAAAAUGGAGGAGCAGGCGGAUUCAGUCUCUGAUAUAAGUAGAGGUUCAGACCAAAGUGUUGGGAGUACAGAUUCACCAUCUCUAAACAAAAUUGCUCCAAAACGGAAGAAAACAUUGAAGACUACCAACGCUUAUUUCUACUGGGUUACAAGAGAGCAGGGUUCUUUUGAUUGGUUUAAAGGAGUCAUGAAUGAAGUAGCUGAACUUGAUCAACGGGGUGUCAUUGAGAUGCACAAUUACUUGACUAGUGUAUACGAGGAAGGUGAUGCAAGAUCUGCCCUCAUUACCAUGGUGCAAGCACUCAACCAUGCCAAAAACGGUGUUGAUAUCGUCUCAGGGACUAGGGUGCGAACCCAUUUUGCUAGGCCAAACUGGAAGAAGGUAUUCUCCAAAAUGUGUUCCAAGCACUAUGGCGGACGAAUAGGGGUAUUUUAUUGCGGUGCACCAGUUUUGGCAAAAGAACUUAACAAGCUCUGCUUCGAGUUCAAUGAAAAAGGUCCAACAAAAUUUGAGUUUCAUAAGGAACACUUCUAAGGAAUUCCGGGGAGCUCUUAAAUAGGUUUCUUUUAGCAACUUGGAGUGGCCAGAUUAUAUGAUUAUGUUCAAUAAGAUAAGAAACAUUUUGUAUAGAAUUUGAAACAUUGUAUAUAAGUACCUGCCGGCAUGAUUGCUAGCAAUUUAUCAUACAAGUUGCCGCAGAGAAAGAGAUAUGCGCAACAAAUGUAUCAUGCACCACCUGAAGUGCGGUACAGCUACGUUAGAGAAGAUGAUGACCUAUUGAUCUUUCCCAAAUAUUCAGCAGAUACAUCCACAUUUUAUUGGAUAUGGACAAUUUUGCAGAAAGGUCGAGAGAUUGGAUGCCUUUUUACUAGAAUAACUACCUCAUUUUACAAGUGGAUCCCAGGAAUUUCUUCUAGAAAAUAGAGGGUGAAUUCCCGGACUCAGCUCUGCCUAUUCAUGAAGUUCUUAUGCAAGAAGAGGGUGGGAUAUAUCUCUCUCUGUAAAUGAGAGUGGUACAGUUUUUUUUUCUUUAUUUCUAAAGUGAUCACUAUUUUUUUUACCUUCUAUUUUUCUUAUCAUAUACAUGAGGGACAAUAUUACACAAAUGACAUGGUGGAAUGCUAAUGUCCUCAAGUCAAUAUUAUCUCUUAUGUCAUUUUCUAGCCCAGAAUGAUUCCUAGCUAGGGCCUAGGGUGAUGCUGAUGAACAUACCAGACAUAAAGUGUAUUAUAUUGACUAAUGAGAAUCGAGUUUUUCACUAGCUCUUUUAUGA